AUGGUUCUACUCUGGACAUGCCUCUUCGCUGCUCUGGGCGGCUUUCUUUUUGGGUACGAUCUGGGUCUCAUUGGCUCGGCGCUGCUGCAGAUUCAGCGGUACUUCAGCAUCCGUGGCUCCGUUACGCUGGGUCUGAUCGUGGGUGUGGCCAAGCUGGGUGCUGCGGCGGGGACGUUCCUGGGAGGUGCGGCGAUGGCGCGGUACGGCCGUCAGCGUGCUCUGGCGCUCAACAGUGUGGCCUUCACUGCGGGCCCGCUCAUCAUGGCGGCCGCCAGCUCGCCCUGGAUGCUGAUUCUGGGUCGCUUCGUGGUGGGACUGGGGGUGGGCAUGUCGGCCACCGUGUCCCCAGCCUACAUAGCCGAGGUGGCGCCGGCGUCCAUUCGCGGCAUGCUCGUCCAACUGUAUGAGGUGAUGUUGUGUAUCGGCAUGUUGUUAGCCCCUUUGGUGGACUGGCUGCUCAGCCGGGCGAAUCCGGAGGACUCAUGGAGGGCCAUGGUGGGUUUGCCGGCCCUCCCCGCUCUGCUGCUUGCUGCGGCGCCAGUGGUAUUGCCGGAGUCACCUAGGUGGCUUGUGACAAGAAAUCGACUGGAGGAGGCGCUGGAGGUGCUUACGCUCGUCAUGCGGGGCAGCGGGUCGCUGUGGCGGGGACCCGAGGGCGUCUGGAAUGGCGGCUAUUCAUGUAUGACCGGGAAGUCUUUGCGAAAGAAAGCCCAGCAUUUUAUGCGAUUUAAACGCGGCGCCGGCGAACAGCCUCCAGCCUUGGCUGACAGCGUGCACGGCCAGUCACCAGACGAUCCAGACAGCUGGUUCGUCCUGUUAGCUAUUGCCGUCGGGCCGCCCGGCUCCGAGAAGAUAUACGCCAUGGCUGAGGAAUACCGAAGGGAUGGCGGCCGCUGGUGGUUCAUGGGCGAACCCCGUCAAUUCCCAGCAUUAAAACAGUUUGAAGAAUUCUUGGAGCGCUACUGGGAGGGUGGUGAGGACAGCGGCAGCAUAAAUCCUUUCUGGGGCCGCUACGACUACGCUUGGCAGGCGUUUCCGCCGCGGCCCCUGCCGGCCGCCAAGGCGCAGCAAUGGCCGCAAUGGCUGGACGACCAGGCAGUUCGUGAUGCGGAGGACGAACUGAUGCAGCUGUGGAGCAGUGUGCAGAGGGACCGUAACGCAGUGCUGGAGCAGCGUCGCAAGCUGUGGCGGACCCGGCACCAGCGCAGCGGCGGGAGAUGGGGCCGGUUGGGCUGUUGGCGGGGUCAGCAGGGCCGCCCUAGGGCCCCCUCCCUGGAGCCCAUCCUGGAGGAAUCCGCCUCCCAGCUGCGGAGCAAUAACUCAUCCUCCCAAUGCCUCAGCAGUUUAGCGUCGUCUUCGGUGCACCUAACCGCAGCAGCCGCCCCCGGCGCCGGCGGUUGUAGCGGCGCAAAAGCACCCCGGGAUGAGUCUGAGCAUCUUGGGGUUUUACGCGUACAAUCACCACCACCAGCAUCGCCAGCGGCAACGGCGACUGCGGCAACAGGCUUUGCAGCGUUGGUGAACCAUGGGUCAUACCGGCCGCGGCAGCAGCAGCAGACGGCAGCUGAGGCAGGCAGUAGUGGCAGUAGCAGUACUGCUGGAGGGUCCGGAAGCGCUGGCUGGCGGGGCCCUUACCUUGGUAGCGGCGGCAGUGGGGGCAGAGAAGGAGGCGGAAAAGGAGAUGGUGGCGAUGUGGGACGGGCACGAUUUUUGGGGAUGCCCAACCGGCGACAGGAGGGGGGAGUUGGGUGGGUGUACGGCGACGCUGGCGGUGCCGUACAGUCGUACCGGCCGCUGGCGGGUAGCGACGAGGAGGUGGGAGGGGAAAUGGGUUACUUGCCUCGUGGUCAAGGUGGCGAUGGCGGCGGCAGCGGCGCUGGGUUGCGCGAGUUUGAAUCAGACGAGCGUGACCGACUGCUCGCCCCACACCAGCCUCACAGCCAAGAGGGAGACCGGCACUGCUCAGCAUCUGCACCGGAUGAAACAACUUCCCUGGAGGGAACGUCUCCUUCCUCAGGGUUAUCCCCCUCUUCGCUGCUGCACAUGCCGGGAGGCCCACCAACCUCCUUGGGAGAUAUGCCCGGUGAGGAGCCCAGCUUCCUGAACACUCUGUCCGUAUUGAUUGGGGAUAUCAGUGCACUGGCGGUGGGGCCAGAGAGGAGGGCGCUGUGGCUCGCACUGGGACUGGCCUUCUUCGACCAGGUGACGGCCGCCACAGCCAUCAUCAACUACGCACCCGCACUCCUGACGGGGCUGGGGAAGGCUCAAGGAGAGGAUGGGACCGGCGGUGGUGGUAGCGGUUUGGACGACGGUGGCGCCAUGCUGUACACCGUACUGAUUGGCAUCACCAAGGCGGUGGGGGUAGUGGCAGGCGAGUGGGAGUUUGCCCUUUUUCUCGUGGAUCGCUGCGGUCGUCGGCCACUGCUGGUCACCGGCUCCUUGGCCUGUUGCGCCUCCUUGGUGGGCCUUACGUGGGCCGCCCUGGAGCACAGUACGGGCUUAAUGGAGACCGCCAUGUGCGCCUUCACUCUGUUCUUCAGCCUCUCCUGGGCGGGGCUGUACUGGGUGGUGGUUUCGGAGCUGUUCAGUAUGAGCGCCAAGUCGGCAGCCACCUCGGCUGCCACAGGGCUGCUGUUUUUGACAGGCUCCCUGACCAACAUGGUCUUUCUGUCGCUCCACGAUCAAAUGGGGCCCUAUGCCUUCCUGCUAUUCGCCGGCCUGUGCCUAGCUAGCGCUGGUUACGUGUGGGCACUGCUGCCGGAGACCAAGGGAUACACACUCGCGGAGGUUCAGGAAAUGAUGACGGCGAUGCCCCUGACGGCGACCACGUCUUCCACGAUGGCGAUGUGGACGAAUAGGAGCAAGAAAGUCAAGCAGGCCGAUUUAGGCGAGGAAAACAAGAUGUAUUUCCACCCGAAGCAAAUGAAGACCUUGCCGCCGCAAGGGAACUUUUUUGCGCCAUCAUCGUCCACGCGGUUUGAAUUACAGCCCAUGCAGGCUGACGAUGCCAUCUCCGACGGCGAGCAAAGUGGAAAGUCUAGCAGCAGCAGCGACAGCGUGGCCGGCACAGCGCCUGCCGACAACGCCUCUAUUUCUACCUGGGCAACUGCAGCGGCAACAAACGCCCAAGUUGCAAAUCCAGAUGGCGUAGUUUCUCAGCCCCUGGGGGAACCUAUCGGCUUUCGGAGUGGAAUUCCCGACGAGCCCCUUCCAUUUGUGGGCUCUACCAGCACCGUUAGCGAAGACGAUGAUAAGCAUGGGCCCAUGUUGGGGAGUGCCGCGUCCCAAACCCCCAGCAGAGCAGCGGAGCUUUCUCUACGGAACAGCAUGAUAACAACGUUCAGGGCAUUUGCGGAUGCAGGGAGUUUGAACUCAUCCAGCAGCCCAAGUAACGGCGAGUUGUCCACCUUGCCUCAAGAGCAGAACCAAGUUUUGUCCUUUCCGAGCGCUGGGGGCCGCCAAGUGGAUAGCCCUGUGGCACUAGUGGCGGCCUCCGAGUCGCAGCCGCCAUUGCACCCGGGUUUGCUGGCAGCGCGAGAACAUCGGCGCGUCGGUGGCGUGGGUGCAAACGCCUCGGACGGCGGCGCUGCCAUCUCGCUGCACGAGGGCAUGGGGAUUGCACCUGUGCGGCCACAUGGUCAUUCACCCGAAGCGGGUGAUGACGGGGCCGGGAG